GGGCUCCAGGGGCAGUGCCGCCCUGUGCUGUCCCGCCCUGUCCCGUAAAAUGGCGGCGUGGGUGCUCCGCCUGCGCGGUCUCCUGCGGGUCGCCGGCUCCCGACCCUUCUCCGCCCAGCCCAGUCCUCUGCAAACAGAACAGCAUGGCACAAAGCGCCUGGAACCAUCUUCUGCUAAGACUUUGACUGAUAUAGGCAUUCGGAGGAUCUUCUCAUCAGAGCAUGAUAUCUUCAGGGAGAGUGCAAGGAAGUUCUUUCAGGAAGAAGUGCUGCCUUUUCACACGGAAUGGGAGAAGAAUGGCCAGGUGAGCAGGGAGCUCUGGGAAAAAGCUGGACAGCAGGGUUUGCUGGGUGUUGCUAUCGCUGAAAAACAUGGAGGCAUCGGAGCGGAUAUUCUCUCUUCAGCCAUCGUCUGGGAGGAGCAGAUGUAUGUUAACUGUACAGGCCCAGGGUUCAGCCUUCAUUCAGAUAUUGUCAUGCCCUACAUUGCAAACUAUGGCUCUGAAGAACAGAUUAAACACUUUAUCCCACAAAUGAUUACAGGCAAGUGCAUUGGAGCUAUUGCCAUGACAGAACCUGGGGCUGGCAGUGACUUGCAGGGAAUACGGACAUAUGCAAAAAAAGAUGGAAGUGACUGGAUUCUUAAUGGGAGUAAGGUGUUCAUCACUAAUGGUUGGAUGAGCGAUGUAGUGAUCGUGGUUGCAGUUACAGACCGGGAGGCCCGAUCCCCUGCUCAUGGGAUCAGCCUUUUUCUGGUGGAAAAUGGAACAAAAGGUUUCAUCAAAGGACGCAAACUGAACAAAAUUGGCCUGAAAGCUCAAGACACAGCAGAGCUGUUUUUUGAAGAUGUGCGGUUGCCAGCCAGUGCCUUGCUUGGAAAAGAAAACAAAGGAUUCUACUAUCUGAUGGCAGAGCUCCCUCAGGAAAGACUGCUAAUUGCUGAUAUGGCUCUUGCUGGCUGUGAAUUCAUGUUUGAAGAAACAAGAAAUUAUGUGAAGCAAAGAAAAGCUUUUGGGAAGACAAUUGCGCAUUUGCAGACAGUACAGCACAAGUUGGCCGAAAUAAAAACACAGAUUUGUGUGGCUCGAGCUUUUAUGGACAACUGUUUGCAGCUCCAUGCAGAUAAACGCCUGGACUCCGCAACAGCCUCGAUGGCAAAGUAUUGGUGUUCUGAUCUCCAAAACAGCAUAGCUACUCAGUGUGUACAAAUGCAUGGAGGAUGGGGGUACAUGUGGGAGUAUCCAAUUGCAAAAGCUUUUGUGGAUGCCCGCGUUCAGCCAAUCUAUGGUGGUACCAAUGAAAUAAUGAAAGAACUUAUUGCUAGAGACAUUGUCAGUGACAAGUAGGGCAGAUGCUUACUCCUUUGCAGAGUCUUGCAGAAUCCUUUUAUAUAUUAAUCCAUGGCAUAAAAUCAGACAUCAGAAUGUAAGUAAAAUAAAUGUGCUGUAUCAUGUUCUUUAAAGGAAGUGACACUUAAAGCAUGUGUUAGUAGUAACAGAGUGCUCAUAUGCAGGCUAUCUAAUAUUUAAUCAACUUAAAUUUUAAAUGUCUCUGUAGAACAGAGUAAUUCUCUGGGUGUCGAGAGUUCUGCUAGUGAAAGGCAUUUUUAGGUCUGGAACGUUGGGGAGCUUGGUCUGUCAGACUUGAACCCACUGUGUUGAAUCCAAACCUCACUUUUCAGAAUCAAAUCUUGAGAGAAGCCCUAUUCUUAACAAAUGAACAAAAUUAAAUAUUACUUUGAAUUAAUUAAUAUUUAAAUUAAUAUUUAAUUUAUAAAUAACUUUGUAUUUCCCCUUGACAAGUAGAACUUGACACUGUUACUGUUGCUGCCAUACACCUGCUCACUGUGCAGCAGCCACCUGCUGUGCAGCGGAUCUCUAUGUUUACAUCUAACCUGGAAUGCCUUAUUUUAAUUACUUUGGUCAAAUAAACAUAAUAAAGCAUUUCUAUGCAAUCUCA